CUGUCUGCUGUGCUGUCUGCACCAGACAGCCCAUCCAUCAAUUCUCCAACCCUCUACUCUCAACACGGCCCGUCACACCAGUCUGCUUGCCGCAAUGCAUUGACUGUGGCUCGUGCACGCAGCGUGAUGCCCAGCGAGGCAUCUAUGGGCGGCAGGAGGCCCGCGAAGCUCAGCCCGCAGAGGCUCAUGUACGUGUGCAGCAGGUCCGGAUGGCACCUGAACCAAUCAGUUGAUCAACCCAUUUGCGAAUGACAGACAGACAGACACUGCCUGCCCUGCUGGCCUUCUUGCUUACCCAGGCUCCCUUGCAAAGCCUCCCUUAGCAUGUUCGCACUGCCUCAGAAAGGCCACGGUGCCCUCAUGGGUCAGAAAGGCCUCCCCUCCCGUAAGAAUCACAGCAGCCUGCACCCAGAACGAGUAACAGGCAUCAGGCGGCUUGCCGACGCGGCCCUCUAUCCCACUCAUGGCACUCUGCCGCAUCAACAGCCACUGCAACACACGCUCGCGGCCAUCCAGGUCGGCCAAUGAAUCACCAUGACAACAAAAACCAUCCAGCAGGUUGGAUAAGGCCGCGGUAGCGCAGUAGGUCGACCCCCCGUGUCCCUCCAGCCCCUCAGCCUGCCCGAAGCCGCCAAGGCGAUUGAGUGAGCCCUCGAUGAACCGCACCGUCUUGUGCACAUCAAACACAUCAGCCGGGCAGAGGCCUGCCAGCCGGCAGGAUGCCGCUGCGCAAUAUACGAACCUCAUGUCCGCAUUCGCUUCUGUUGGAGAGAGAAAUGGCCCGCCAGCAAAGCAUCCGUUGGGCAGCUGCUGCUUCGCGAUGAAGUGCGACAGCCUCUCACGAUCCAGCCGCCUCAUUCCAUCACCCAGGAUCGUCAGCGAAGCCAGUGCCGUGUAGGUGUUGGCCGUCGAGGGGAAUGCAUCGCCCGGCAUACCGCAGAAGCCGCCCUGCGGUGCUGCAGACUGGCAUGAGUAGAUCCAGUCACAGAUGGCGCGGUUUUGGUCACCAUCUUGCUCCGGAAGGGCGUGCAGAAGAUCAAGAGAUCCAAGGAUGAAGUAGAGCAGGGUCAUGCGGUUGGAUGCUUGGGUGGCAUAGGCCGAUGGGAGGUGGUGGAGAGCUGCCAGCAGGUGGUUGCGAUGGGUCUUGAAGCGAAAGGCGCAGCCAUGGUCAGGGCAUGAGGAUGCCAUUGCACUGAUCUCCGGCUUCGAUGAGUCUGCGGGUAUCAUUUUGUCAGCAUCUUCCAUGGCAAUCACCUCCGUCGGCGUACGCGGGCAUGUCGCUCACUGAUACACGUGUGCGCACAAACACACACACACACACACACACAGAGAGAGAGAGAGAGAGAGAGAGAGAGAAACAAACGGUAUGCACCCUGUUGUGUCCUCCCCAGCUGUUCCAACCAAUCACAUACCUUUUUUCCCUCGUCCGGCAGGAAGUAGUCCACCGUCUUCUUGAAACCCUCCGGCCCAUCCCUUGCGAGUGCAUAGACACAGGCCACCAUGAUGCACAUGUCCUCGUCGAGCUUUUUGAUCUUCUCCUCUGGGUUGGUGAAGUUCCCCUCCCGAAUCUGUUGGCGCCACCUCUUCUCCGCCGCUGCUAACUGCUUCUCGUUCACAGGGUACGUUGACUGCUCAAGCUUCACCAAGACCAUCCCCAUCGUGGCGAAUACAGCGAGCGAUCCCUUUC